AUGCCGAACUUCAGCACCACAACCGAUGAGAAUAAGUCUGUCGCCGCGAUAAUUAUGAUAGGGACCCUGAAGCGGUACUUCGACUACAGACUGCGCACCGGAUGCAGAUUUCCUUCGGCAACCCUACUAGGCGAGAAAUCUGACUGGAAAGAAAUCCUCCACAAGGUUCAAUACCUACCAAAGUAUGGUCCCCAGCAGCCGAAUUGGCCCGCCUCCUAACGCCCAUCAUCCAACCCACGGUUUUAUCCUUCGCUCAGCCAGGCUCGUCGGAUAUCAAGAAUUUCUGGCUCCGGCCUGCCACGCCCCCGGGCAGCAUGGAUCCGUGAAUAAUAUCUGCAACAUAUCGGGUUGGAUAACCGCCUUCUGCUUCUUCAAGGAAACCGGUCAGCGGACCCCGGAAUACUCGGAUGAAGAGUUGGGUAGCUACGCCGAUUUGACUACCAUUGACCAGCAAAAGAGGCUGAUCCUAGGUGAUGUUGUCUACCCCAUCAUACACCCCUCCAGUAUCCCCAAAGGAGUCGUGUCCGUUUCUGUUGUUGUCGAGAACCACGAGACCGGGCUGGUGCACGAGACAACCAUGGUUGUGGGCUCUGUCUCAAUGACCCUGCAGCUGCAGAUGAUGGAAGGGGCUUGA